UGAUAAUAACGCGAAGGAACGCGUGAAAUAAGCUACGUCUAGGAAAUUAUUGUGUUUUUUCUCGACGUUUGUAGCCACCGGAAAUAAAGGAGGAGCGAGCGCUCCCAGGUUUCUUUUCUCUGAACUGCCAGACAGACAAACCUGAACGAAGACAACAUGGAUCCAAACACCACAAUUCUCCGAGUCAAGAGAAAAAGGGGGACCGACCCUGCAGACGCUCUGCUGCUGGCGUGCAAACGUAUACGUCCCGAAACGUCCCAGAGUUCAGGCGAAACAGUACCUGAGCCCAAUGAAGCCGAUGUGGAAAACUCUGUCUUCAAACUCGUGGCGACCGUAGCGACACAGGAUGCUCCCGUCCAGACGCAGGUUCGACAGGCUUUGGCUCGGCCUCGCAUGGCUCAUGCUCUGCGCCCCUCUGCCACCAGCUCACAGCGGAUACUCGGUGACCUACGCAGCACAAAGUGGAGCACCCGGAGGGAGGAACGCUACAGAAUACUCUCGAGCCACCGUGCAGGUCUGUCAGCCCCAGCUGAGCAACAGACACUACAGUCGGAUGCUUCUGAAUGUGUAGAGGAAACGGGGAAAGAGACAGACAAAUGCUGGGGGCUGGGUGAAAUCCAGGUGGUGGAUCUCAUCCAUGAGGAUGGAGAGGACCAGGAUAAACCUUCUGGCAAGAUGCCGUCCUCAGUCACAGAAGAGAUCCUCUGUAACAACACCAAGAUGCUGCGGGAGCGUCUGAGCGUAUCUGGAGAUGGAUUGGGGGGAGCGCACCGGGAGCAGGACGAUGACUACGUCUAUGAUCUUUACUACCAAGAAACAGUCACACCGGGGUGGAUCCAGGACAUCCUGUCUGUCAGGGCCUAUGCUGAUGAGGGAGAACUGGUUCCUGACCUUGUGGUUCAUGAAGAGGAAGUGUAUGAAGAUGAGGAUGAUGAGAAUGAGGAAGGCAACUGGAGGAAUGACUACCCCGAUGAGGAGAGUGAUACAGACAGUGACAGAGAGGAGCGCUACGGUGGUUACUGGGAGGAGGAACACUCGUACAGCAGGAGGAGCUGGCAGUGCUACCAGAGGGAAGUGAUGCAUGAGCUGGGCCGCCCAGGUGAAGAAGAUAACGACCACAACGAUUAUGAUGACGACGAUGAUGAUGAUGGAGACAAAUAUGAUUCCGAUUGAUCUGCUUUUCACCCCACUUAAUGGAUUUUUUCCAGUUCCCUUUCCACAAGUAACCCCUUACUCUGUGCAACCUCUGUGUAGCUGAGACAGGAAGGAAGGCUGGAAAGAAAGAAACCGCUUCUCACAGUGUAGCAGCUUAUGUGUAGCACUAAUCAAGUUUUGACAAAGUUCCUAAUUUCAGGGAAAAUUUGAGAAAUCUAUAAUAAAAUCAGGAAACUAUACCAAGUUGAAAAUGUGCCAAAAGUAUUUUGUCACAGUCACAAAAUUCAAUGACCAAUAAUUGAUCAGAUCACUUUCCUACACAGACGGUGACGGAGUUGGCGUGUUAUUUGCAGAAGGAUCCAGUGUGUAUUUUUUUUUUUUUUUUUUUUUUUUUUAAACUGUGGUGGAGUGAAUUUGUGUGUGGAUGUUUGUUCACAGUGGAUGUGUGUUAGAAAAUGUUGCACAUUAGUGUGGUAUGCUUUGUGCUGUUCCACUUAUGUUAGUGAGACGUCUCGGGCCGCGCGUGGUUGCAGUUUUAGGGUGUUUGCCUUCUGUGCAUGGUAGUGCGUGUACGUAUAACUGUUAGAUUUUUGCAUAAUGUGAACGUGUGAUGCAUCGGUUCUGUUGUGGGUGUGAGAGUUGGGUUCAGAAAAUCUCUGGAGUUCAAAAUGGCUCUCUUGGAUGCUUGUUAAAGUUUUUGUAAAUAUGUAGAUGUGUAUAAAAAAGCUUUCAAAAUAAACAUGAAACAUCUCAGUGUCAA